AUGCGCACAACCAUGAGCCCCAAUAAGGGCGAAACAGCUGUCCAUGGCUGCCACUGCCGGGGUGAUAUGCUUGUGUGCAUGCCUAAGGUACUGGCCGUACUUCGGAGUUGGUACGUGUGCCUCGGUGCAGUUAAUUGGUAUUGUUUCUAAAUCUUUCAGUCAAUUUAAACGAUUGGCUCAUCUGAAUUUCUGACUUUUAAGUACUGUGUACACGGCAUUCAUGAAAAGCAGGUCUUAGUUAGGUUAGUUAUGGUUUUGCAUGCUGUUUAGGGUACUUAGGUUUAUUUAAGAUUUUUUAUACUCCUGAUGAAUUUUACCGGGUUUAAAUAAAGAAUUAUUCUUUACUCUUCCUAUCAGUUGAAAUCCGGAGUACCCCACCCCCCCUGGCGAGGAUGCAAAACCGAAAGUCACUGGACAGUGUACAGGGGAACUCAACAGGAAAUUUUAAAACAACAACAAAGCUUAAAUAAAGCUUUCUGAAGCCAUUUUAAGCAUUUUGAGAGAUUGCUACUAAAAAUUAAUCUGUUCCUCACUCCCAGGAAGACUGAUGGAAGAGUUCCCAGCCGGCAGGGUGCACCUAUAACCUACAACCUGACUUACUGGAAGUUUCCCAGCAGACGUAUGUCCAGACAUUACUGGCCAGUUGUGGUGUGGUCAUAGGGCAAAGUUCACCCCUCAGCAGUGGGGGUGGGGGGGAGGGGUUUGGGGCAGGGGUUUCUGAUGCAUAACACAUAGUAACUAUUCUAAACAUCAAAUCCCCUCAGACACAUUUUUUUCUUAGCAACACUUUCCUUCCAGGGACAUAUUAUUUCUUCCACAUCUCCCAGCCAGCAAAAAUUGGCUUGAAGAACAGAUAUUUUGAGCAACAGAUCCUUUGGGUGCCCCUGAGUGUAGCCUAGCAGCACUAUACGAUGCGUCCCUAGGAGUGCAAAGUUUCUUGAUUGAAGUUUUGAGACUAACGUUCCAAGUCCUUUAACAAACUUGUUUAGCAAAUCACGCCGUGGUUGGGGACAUUGAACGAAGGGUAUUCAUAGAUUAUAAUAAUUUGAACUGAAUUGAACUGUUGCAAAUAAAUAAUUUAAACAACUCUUGAUCGGCUGAAAGGUGAAGGUGGAUUACUUUACGUCAAGUAAAUUCUUGUACCUAACUUCCAUUUGUUGAUUUGUAGAUGAGUGUAAAACAGGACAGCAUAACUGCCACGAUGAUGCGUACUGCACCAACACCAAGCGUUCCUUCACUUGUACUUGUAAGCCAGGAUAUACUGGGGAUGGUGUUAACUGUGCAGGUAGCAAACCAUACGAAGCUUAAACUAACAGGAUUUCAUCUUUAGUUUUAUGCUUUUCCAUACCAUAAAGAUUAGAGCCAAUCAGAAAUCUGGAAACCGGUUUCAUAUUUAGUCAAUGGUAUGUCACAAAUCGGUAGUUUCUACCUGUUGUGGACGGGUUCAAUCACAAAAUGACGUAAUACAAAAGAUUAAAAAGACACUGUACAAUAUCUACACCACAUAACAAUAGCUAACCAACAAAUGGUUUCCCCAUCACCAAGAAACACCCCACAGGUCGUAUCCAUGAAAAAUGUCUGGUGUUAGUUGCAGCCUACGAACAGGCUCACAUAUGCGAUUUCGAGGGAAAUUUGGGCGUGCACAUUUCCAAGCCCUUUUAUUCUCGCCGGCUUUGUCUGCUCGAGCCGCCAAAAUUUUCCUUUUCGCGGGCUAAAUUCCCCCAGCGAAAGCUUUCCAAGUGUGCAACAUCUAAAUUGGUUUAUCAUUUGUAUUUUUUAGUUAUUUGGCAUUCAAUCUAACUUCCUUUUCUGUUUUGUCCACUACAAAAGUUUAUCAUUCUAUAAAAAUAUGAUAUAUAUCUAUCCUCAUUGGAUAGAAUCGACACAAAAAUCGAACCUGAUUGAUAAUUCAGCAUUAACUCUUGAUUUGCAGAUUUGCAGACAUAAAGGAGUGUGAGACUGGAAACCACCGAUGUGACCCCGAUAGUUCAGUGUGCGAUAACACUAAAGGUUCUUACAAGUGUGUCUGCAUGCCGGGUUUUUCCAAAAGUGGACAUGAACGUAAAUGUACAGGUAAAUAUACCACCGAGCACUUCAAGAUAUCAAUUGAAAUGGAUACUUUAAAAAUGUCUUCUUCUUUUGUCCAAUUUAAGUGGGGUGAAUCAGGUUGAAAUGAUAAAAGCAUCGUCAAAAUAGGAACGUAUACGGCAUAUUAUGAUGCUUAACAGAUCUACAGUUUGAUAAUUCAGCAUUAAUUCUUAAUUUUCAGACAUAAACGAGUGUGAGACAGGAAAACAGAACUGUAACGCCACCAGUUCAUUCUGCCAAAACACUAAAGGAUCAUUUAGGUGUGUUUGCAGGGAAGGGUAUUCCAGAAGUGGACCUGAACAGAAUUGUACAGGUAAAUAUACUACCGAGCACUUCAAGAUAUGUUGAUUGAAAUGGGUACUUAAAUAUAUCUUCUUCUUUUCAAUUUUCCUUUUCGCGGGCUAAAUUCCCCCAGCGAAAGCUUUCCAAGUGUGCAACAUGUAAAUUGGUUUAUCAUUUGUAUUUUUUAGUUAUUUGGCAUUCAAUCUAACCUCCUUUUUUCUUUUGUCCACUAUAAAAAUUUAUCAUUCUUUCGACCAUAAAAUAUGAUAUAUAUAUCUAUCCUCAUUGGAUAGAAUGGACACAAAAAUCGAACCCGAUUGAUAAUUCAGCAUUAACUCUUGAUUUGCAGACAUAAACGAGUGUGAAACUGGAAACAACCAAUGUGACCCUGAUACUUCAGUGUGCGAUAACACUAAAGGAUCUUACAAGUGUGUCUGCAUGCCGGGUUUUUCCAAAAGUGGACAUGAAGAUAAAUGUACAGGUAAAUAUACCACCGAGCACUUCAAGAUAUGCUAAUUGAAAUGGAUACUUUAAAAAUGUCUUCUUCCUUUGUCCAAUUUAAGUGGGGUGAAUCAGGUUGAAAUGAUAAAAGCAUCGUCAAAAUAGGAACGUAUACGGCAUAUUAUGAUGCUUAACAGAUCUACAGUUUGAUAAUUCAGCAUUAAUUCUUAAUUUUCAGACAUAAACGAGUGUGAGACAGGAAAACACAACUGUGACAACACCAGUUCAUUGUGCCAAAACACUAAAGGAUCAUUUAGGUGCGUUUGUAGGGAAGGGUAUGACGAAAGUGUACCUGAACAUAAUUGUACAGGUAAAUAUACUACCGAGCACUUCAAGACAUUUUACUUGAAAUGGGUACUUAAAUAUAUCUUCUUCUUUUCAAUUUUCCUUUUCGCGGGCUAAAUUCCCCCAGCGAAAGCUUUCCAAGUGUGCAACAUGUAAAUUGGUUUAUCAUUUGUGUUUUGUAGUUAUUUGGCAUUCAAUCUAACCUCCUUUUUUGUUUUGUCCACUAUAAAAAUUUAUCAUUCUUUCGACCAUAAAAUAUGAUAUAUAUCUAUCCUAAUUGGAUAAAAUCGACACAAAAAUCGAACCUGAUUGAUAAUUCAGCAUUAACUCUUGAUUUGCAGACAUAAACGAGUGUGAAACUGGAAACCACCAAUGUGACGCCGAUACUUCAGUGUGCGAUAACACUAAAGGAUCUUACAAGUGUGUCUGCAUGCCGGGUUUUUCCAAAAGUGGACAUGAAGAUAAAUGUACAGGUAAAUAUACCACCGAGCACUUCAAGAUAUCAAUUGAAAUGGAUACUUUAAAAAAUGUCUUCUUCUUUUGUCAAAGUGGGGUGAAUCAGGUUAAAAUGAUAAAAGCAUCGUCAAAAUAGGAACGUAUAUUUGAUAAUUCAGCAUUAAUUCUUAAUUUUCAGACAUAAACGAGUGCGAGACAGGAAAACACAACUGUAACGCCACCAGUUCAUUGUGCCAAAACACUAAAGGAUCAUUUAGGUGCGUUUGCAGGGAAGGGUAUUCCGAAAGUGUACAUGAACAUAAUUGUACA